AUGACGGACACCGUAGACUACUACAGCCUCGAAGGAGGCCGCAAGGCUGCAACUGAAGAAGCUGAUUUCCGCAAGGAAAUACGUCAGGGUUUCAUUAGGAAGGUGUAUGGAAUCAUAGCGCUCCAGCUGCUUCUCACCACUGUCGUAACGGCUCUUCUUCUCUUUGUUCCUGGUGGAGUCGCCUGGGCUAAGCACAGCAGCGGCCCCGUCGUUGCUCUUUCAUCAAAAAGGCAUGUAUGCAUAUCAUUUUUGUAUGAUAGUGACUUCGUUAGUGUUGAUGUGUUCGAGAGCGCGGUAUAG